AUGAACCUGGGUGACUGGCUCAGCAUAGCAGCGGUUGUCUGCAUAGUAAUCCGCCUGGUUAUGGUCCAUUUUAUCUUGACGUUGGGAACGAGCAACGUAUCAGAAGAAUUCAGGAGGUUACACCAGUUUACUCCUCAAGAGAUUGCCGAACGUGAAACUGGUAGCAAGUUGGCCAUCGCCAACCGCGUCUUCUACAACUCCUAUUUGUGGUUGCAGAAGCUUGUCUUGUUGGAUGUCUACCGCAGACUGUACCAAAAUCUGCGAUUCGAAAAGAUAGUCGUGACCAGCAUUCUGGUAAUAUUCUUCGGCACGUAUGCUGCGUGCCAAAUUUCAACCUUUGUCGAGUGCACCCCGAUAGAGCUGUACUGGCAACUCGUGCCGGAUCCAGGCUCUUGCGUCAAAGCACAGCUGCAGCUUAUAGUGGUUGGCGUGACAAACAUCGUGACCGACUUCAUACUCCUCAUCCUCCCGCUGCCAAUCGUCUUUCAGAUGCUCUCGGCGACUUGGCAGCGCAAGGUCCAGCUCGUCGCCCUCUUCAUGCUGGGCCUCUUCGUCAUCAUUAUCACUGCCGUCCGGCUCCCCAUCAACCACGACCAAGCCGACAGCCAGCUCAGCCGGACCACCUGGGCCAGUGUCGAGCUGGUCGUGGCCGCCUUUGUGGUCAACGCCCCGACGCUGUACGGGCUCUGGAACAAGCGGCGACAGGAAAGCAAGCUCACUGCGUCGUCCCACGUGACGGGUCCUGGCAUGUAUGGCCUUGGGACGAGCAGGACCCAUCGGAAACUCCGCGAUGAGGAGAGCAGCGGCGGCGACUCGUACGAGAUGGACAUUCCUAGGGGGUCUUCUGGGUCUCAGGACCCCAAGAAUGGCAUCACUCUCACAAGGGAGGUGAUUGUGCAUACCGAGGAGGUACCACGGGCGGAGCAAGGCAAUAUUCGUGGCAUUCAACCCAAUCCACAGGCGGCUUGGGAUACGAGGAAAUGA